AUGGGCAGAUCGCGACGAGCUGGACGCAAGGUCCAGCUCAGACGUCUAGCGAGAGCAUACGCUAGUCCUGGGGUCUUCGAUAGGCCGUUAGAACUUGCUGAGCCUUCGCUCCUGCCUCCUCCCCCUUAUCCACAGUCCCUGAUAAGGCUAACCUUAUCCCCACCCCAUGCUGGAGUCAGGAGACUGCCCUCGGCCAGGCAACCACCCCGCCUUGCCUACCCAACCUCCCCUGACCCCUGCCCAGUUAGGACAUGGGCCCCGCGCCCGCCAGUAACCCCAGCACCCAGGCCCCCGACGGCGGCACUUGCAACAGCGCCUCCAGCCCAACCUCCCAGGCACGAAGGAACGACCACGCCUGGACCAAACGCCCCUAAGGCCACUCUCGCACUGAAGAGGACGAAACCCUGCAUCGUCCGCAUAGAGGCGCUCCCGCAGAGGAUCCGACUAUCCAGACGGCCCAGGAAGCUCCCACAGGAGACUAAGGAUAUGCCCUCACUGGGCUAA